UGUUGUCAGCAAUCAUAUGUUCAUGUUUUUCUUUCAUUCGCCUGCUUUGUUUGCAUAAAAUAGAAAACUUGAAAAUGGAGAAACUGGAAGCUCUUAAAAUCUCAUCAAUGAGGCCCCGCAGUAAUAUACUCGACCGACCACUGUCCAAGGGCAAAACCGAGGUGUCUCAGAGUAUCGUGGCGCUGCUCUUUAGUGAAAUUGUCCAGUACUCCCAAAGUCGGGUGUUUACAGUGCCAGAAUUGCAAACUAGGCUACACGAUCUUGGUCAGGAUGUUGGCACUCGCAUAAUAGACCUGUAUUUUGUGAGAGAGCGCAGCUCCAAGCGGGAGACUAAGCUCACCCAGAUGCUUCUCUUCGUCAAGACCACUGUGUGGAAAAAUCUAUUUGGCAAAGAGGCAGAGAAGCUGGAGCAUGCUAACGACGAUGAGCGUACUUACUACAUAAUAGAGAAAGAUCCUUUGGUCAAUACUUUCAUAAGUGUGCCAAAGGACAAGGGCUCUCUUAACUGCGCCAAUUUUACAGCUGGAAUUGUAGAAGCGGUCCUCACAAAUUGCGGAUUUCCUUGUAAAGUCACCGCCCAUUGGCAUAAAGGCACAACCUAUAUGGUCAAGUUCGAGGACUUUGUCAUAGCCCGGGACAAGCAGAUGGAGGAGAAAUAGUUUAAGCAGUCUUACAAUUAAAAUUUACAAUAGUUAACAAUA